AUGAAGAAGACUGCUUUUACUGAUGUCAGGCCAAAGGAGGAAAUCAAAACCAAGAAGUCACCUCUCCUUAAACAGACCAUUACCACAAGGAACAUCAAACAAUCUGUAUGUGAACCUCUCAACACAAGGACUGUCAAGAAAUCCGCACCUGAGUCUCUCACCAACAAGUCCAGCCGUGUUACACAAGAAAGCAGAAACAGCAGCUACUCUAGCUCAAGAAAAAAACCUGCAGAGAUGGCUUCCAAGAAAGUGUUUGCCGUACAGGGAGAUAUUGCAAGUCCUGCAGCACAAGUGACUCAGACACAAGUGAAGCUGCAGAUGUAUAAUUAUGGCAUACAAACUGGAAGUCAGCCUCAAAGUGGACGCAUGACCCACAGAAUCAGUCCACUUCAGCAUAUUCCAGGGUUCCCACGUGUUGGGUCCAUCAUUAUUGACUACGACUUUCCAUCCGGAGUUCAAGAGUGGUACUCACCGAACAGCAUACCUGCCAAAUACACCCGAGGGCUUAACAUCCUUCAGAUGCUUAAGAAGGCAUUUGAUCAUCGACUUGUGUUUACCAUCGGAGACUCACGAACAACUGGCGCUAAUGAUGUCAUCACAUGGAAUGACAUCCACCACAAGACCAGCAUCUAUGGAGGUCCAGAAAGCUUUGGCUACCCAGAUGCUGGCUACCUGAUACGAGUGAAAGAAGAACUCGCUGCAAAAGGCAUUACUUCUCCCUAA